AAGCACGUCAAGCACCAAGCAGGUGCAGGUGUAUGUAAACACGAAAUGUGUCAAAAGUGGUGCGUGCUUUUUGUAAGUCAGGAAUUUAUUGAUUAAUGUAAAAUGGGGAAAGCAAGAGGUGUUCGUGUCUCGUUGGACAGCGUCGUCGCCUUGGUUAACGAAUAAUUCACGAUGGCGCCAGCAAGGGUGAUUGAUCGAUGAUGGACUUAGCGGCGCUGAUUCGGGAUUCGGGCCCUCUUGAAAAGUGCGAUGCACCUGCUGCGUUUUGUUACUUUGUUACAUUUUGAACGAAUAGCUUCUUUAAUUUAAUGCGCUAUGGCAGCAAUGCCACACUUCAAAGUCAACUAUUCUCGCGUCAGAAGCAAUUGUUUAGCUGAUACAACAUGUGAUCCAGUGGCGCAGCACAUGAGAGCUUGGAGGAUUUUACAGCACGAACUGAAAAUUCAGAGGGUGAAAACUUGGGAAAAUCACCACGUAAAUCCUGGCAGGCAAAAUAUUAGCAGUUCAAAACAUGCGAACAUUCCAAAUCCAUUGAGAUGCUUUAGCAGGUUGAGCUUGCAGCCAACAAGCGUAAGCCGGUCGCCAAGUUCUCUACGAAGUCUUCAGGUGGAGAGGAAAAAUGCAAGGAUUUCUUUCUCUGCGCAUAAUGAGAGCCACAAAAAGCACGGAGACUUUGCCAAAGAGGUCACCUUCAAGCCUAAGAUAUUGGACACAUCUGCCACUUCCAAAUUGAUUCAGUCGAGGAACUAUCAAACCCCCAAAAAGAAGACACUGCCUCAAAGCAGGACAAGUUCGGCUGUUUCUACAAAAUCAAUCGAACCUGGUCAAAGAAAAGCGGAGCAUAAAAACUGGUCUCAAAGUCGCCCGGAAAGCAGCAGUUCGUCAUCAACUGGCUGCGAUUCCGCGUACGAAGCUGGAGGGUCCAUCGAAGCUCUCAGUCCUCACUCCCGGAGCUCAACUCCUCAGCAAGUUACAGUUCGCGGCGCAGAGCCAAAGUUGGAUACAGAUGUUGAAGAGAGUAGAAUUGUUGGAAAAGAAAUUGAGAAUGCUAUAGAAGAAUUGAUUGAGCGGCCAGGCACCCCAGUGAAUUUGAUAGACAGAAACGAGAGUCUGGAAUACAUUUUGUUCGAGCACGACUUGAUGAAUGAAAUCGCUUCCUGUGGUGUUUUGACAAACUUCAGCGUGAGGGAGAUCUGCAGGUCAUUCGCCCUGACCAAUGGAAAAUUGCUGGAGCAGUGCAAGGUGCAAGAAAUUGUGGAGCGAGUUCAAAAACUUGUAGGAGUACCCGACAACGCUAGUCUAGACUUCUCCGAUUUUGGGCUGCACGGCAGCUUUGAUACACCAAGCAAUGCAACGUCAGAGUAAACUUAAUUCACAUUUUUUUGUGUGGAACUUGUGAUAUUUCCUAGUCAAUAUUUGCAAAUCAGAAGUGUAUUUUAUAGAACCACUGAUAAGGAGUGUUUGUUGAAAGUACAAAAGCAGCAUUUUAUCAUAACUGAAACUUUAUUGAAUUUCAAAAAUACAGAUUCUGUUUACAUCUACAGAUUAAACACAUUCAUGCUGGAACUGACCAAUAAAUUGAAUGACCUUUCGCACAGACUUGGAUAAAAAUUAUUUCCCAUCCACAAACAUGUCGCUUCUAAUUUAAACAGUAUUGCAUCAUUAAAUAUUAAUUUGUUCACAUUCUACAGAGUUGAUUGGUAACUUACAGUGAACAGUAAAG